CCGCAGCAACCGCCACGUUGUCCAGCACUGCCACGUCAUCCAGCACCGCCACCAGCACUGCCACCACGUCGUCCAGCGCUGAGGAUGAUUGAAGCUCGUCAUAGGAUUACAGUUUUGUCCUCCAGCUGCAGAUUUUUGUCCUCAUUUCCAUUCAGGGGACACUGACCUGACCCCUCCCGGAAAAGAGGCUGAACCAGAGCCUCCACACCUGCCACAGACAGACUCCAUUCCACAGCUACCUGGUCCUCCUCCAGCACCUGGUGGUCAACAUGGGAGGACCUCUGAUGUUACUGGCGCAGCGCUGCUGCCAAGCAAAGCCCCUGUGACCCCAAAAGCAGCGGCUUCUCAACCUGAGGAAAGCUGCUAAGGAGUCUGAGCAACAUGUCAUCGGUCGCUUUGUGGCGUGGGAAGCAGCCAUAAUUAACCAGCUCAGCCCAGCUCACCGAGCCGCAUUCCCUGCCCUCUUAACACUAAUGCGUGGCGUGGACAAGCAGGUGGUCUGGCUGAUGAGGGAUCGCAGUGAGGGCAACACCAUGACCAAGGGACUCUCAGCCAUCAGUUUCAGCAUCCGCCACCAAGGAGGGAGCUGCCGUCCCCAAAGCUGCUGAGGAAGUUCUUCCUUCCUCCUCGCUGAAACAGAGAACAUCAAGAUCAUGUCCACGUUUGGCAAAGUCCUUAAGUACGACUCCACCAAGAAGAUCUGCAAGAAGCUUUCUGGACAAGGAAAAGGGACAGCAGAAUGGUGCACAAACGUGGCCAAUGAGCUCGGUCAGAUCCUCAUGUCCGUCCUUACCUGUGAGGAGUCUCUGGACAAACUGAGGCCAAUGGCUGAAGGCCUCAUGGCGAGAUAUAGGAGAGCAAAUGAGGCACCUCCUGAACUGACGUACGUGGACCGCGGCUGCUGUCGUGUGCAUGGUGUCUCAUCUUUGGAGCAGCUGUUCAGUGAGUGGGCCGACAGCGGCAUGAUGGUGCGGCUCGACAUCUUUCACUGGAUAACCAGGUUUAACGCGGCUCUCCGAACAGAUCACCACCCAAAAUACGCUCUCUUCAAGUCUGCUGCUGUGUUCGUGUAUAACAAGGACGACAUGGCGCUACUUAUUCAAGCCACGCGUGCAGGACACCCGACCAAAUAUGCUUCCCUGUCUGAUGGUCAGAUCAUUGAAAUGCAUGUCGGCAAAUCUGAUCUAAAGCAUUACGUCAGGAGGAUGACGGUUGGAGCCCAGGAGACCUUUGUCCGCGUGCAGAGUGCCAUCGACAUCCUGAAGGGAGCGGCUGGAAUGGACGAGAACCAGAUCCAUCUGUUCAAGGACGCAGCAGCCAUUGACCGGGUCUGGGAAAACCAGCAGAAACACCUGGAGUGCAUUCAGGAUCCUCCAGGAAGAAACAUGUACACCAUCACCAAGUAUGUCACCCGUAACGGCGUGCGCCUGCUGUACUACAGGACUGUGAGAGGCAGCAACAGCCUGGAGAGCUUCCACUCCUUCCUGCCCAGCAUGAUACCGGGGCCCCACUGUGCAGCUGUCCCCUUGCAGGUCUAUCUUCUCAGCGGCAUCGCACGUUGGAACUCUGACAGGGAGUCUGCCAAUGUCAAAGGCCACAAAGGAAGGAAGCACAUGGUGUACGUGUCUCAUCUGAUACAUCGCCAGGUGCCAGGAGUUAAAUUAGGAGGUAAAUUACCGACCACCUGUUCCUGCUGGUGACGAGCGAAUUGGUUUGGAGUAUCUGUUCUCCCAGUCGUCAGAACCUUUCUGUGCUCCUGACCAUUACGCUCAGGCCAGAGAGACGCUUCGAGCUGACCAGGAAGAAUCCCUGGAGGAAGAUGCGGGCUACAACUCUGACAGCGAGACUGACAAUCUGACUCCGCUGAGGAGGAAUCUGCGUCUUACCGACCAGGUUGUGGCUCCUGAGCUGGAUCCCUGUGUAGAGGAUGUGUGCGGUCCAAAUCAUCUCCCGGAUACCAACAGGUAGAGGAGCUGAGCAGAGUACUUGUUGAGAUUGCCUUGGAGGAGGGAAAGCUUGCUCUCAGUGACUCUACAAGACAGAGAGUCGUCAGCGCCUGGAACAAGCUGGAACUCCACGACCGCAGCAUCCAGCAGUUUGACAACCUCUACUCAGCACGCUAGGGUAACGCUCUGUUCGUCCGCACCAAAGGUCAGCCAUCUGAGUCGUCUUUGGUGCAAAAGUUGAAGUUCAGCAAGCGUUACUCAGCCGCCCACCUGCUGGACUCCAGAAAGAACUGGCUGAUGUACUGCAUCAUUAAACAGCUGUGGCUUCAUCCUGACUGUGGCACAAUGGCUCGAGGGUCGCUACAGAAGCACAAGAUCACCAAAAUGUACCAGCGUGUGCAGCAGAGAGUGACCGUGGAUGACACUGACCUCAGCAAACUCGGGAUUCCCAUCCUGAAAAUCAACUCCAAGUGCGUUGCUGAGUUCAUCAGGAGACAGGAGGCCCUGUCAGCCACAAAUGUGACGGAUCAAGAUUUGGCUGUCCUCCGCCAUCAUCAGAGUGUUUCUAGUACUAGCCAACCCACCGCAGCAGAGCUCCCGGAUGAGAGACCACACACCAGUCGACAGUAUGAGGUCACUCCAUCUUUGGCAGGCACCAGAAAACUCAAACCGAGGCAUGACCAUUUCACCGGUCAAACCACGGCAGCAGGACUCCAGCCCACCUGCACGUUCAGGCAGCCCACAGCACCUGCCUUUACAUGUUUUCUAGCUGUUCCCCAGGUGCAAGCAUCUGUUUUACUCCCCCAACAGCCUAGCUCAAUGAUCUCACUGGCAAGGUCAACUCUGUACAAGAGGAAGAAAGCAGAGCGCAGUGGCACUGGGCCUCAGGGCACAGUGAGACUGUACACCUGUGCGCUGUGUGGCCAAUCCACUCAAGGACACAAAAAGUACAGGAAAAAAACUUACUGUGAAAAAUCUAAAUCAUCCACCUCCAGUGAACUUUCUGGCCAGACUUUUGAAACCUUCGCAGACUUUAAAAAGGCUGUGGAUGUGGUUUUGAGCCUUCAGUCCCAGACCCCCCGGCCGUCUGAGCAGGCAUUUCCACCUACCCCGAUUCUACUCAUUCUUGUUUGUAUUAUUAAUCUGUAUCAGUAUUAGUAUUGCCAUUAUUGUUAUUUUAAUGUUUAUUAUUAUUAUAGUAGUUGUUUUUAUAAGAAUGAUUAGUUGUAUUGAAACUGCUGAUUAGUCCUGGUGUCCUUUAGCUUUUUAAUCAACAUUGGUGAUACCUGUUCAGUGAGUUUGUAUGUUUAGCAGCUCAAACCUUCCAUUGUCAGAUAUUUUAUGACAAAUAUAAUUACAUCUGUUUGUCUAUAUGCUGUUACAGAGGUAACUCGUAUUGUGUAAAGCAUCUUGACCUUUGGUGUUGACCAGUUUGAGGAAACAGAAUGUGCCUACUAUCUUGUCUAGUAUGGUUUUAUUGUUUUCAUGACAUUUCAAUUUCAAUCAUGUCAGUGAUUUUGUCUACAAUGUAGUGCUGUUUUUCUGUUUCCAAUUUCAUGGACUUUAUUUAAUAAAGUGGUCAGUGCUACAGUAA